AUGGCACCCGAAAUAGGCAAACCAGUGUUCCCAACAGAGGACACAGAAGGGUCUUCUUCAUCGCCUUCUCCGACACAGAGCCCCUCGCUUUUCCAUCAUAGCCUCAUAACGUCCGAUCCGGAUGAACUUAAAUUCCACGCGGCCGCAUCAUUGCAAUUGCAGCCCAGUCAUGACCACAUCGCCGCACCGUCGAGUGACCACCUCAUCGCCUCUCCAUAUAACGAUCCACUCCACCUUUUAGACCUGAAGACGCUGGAACAACCGAGCCAGUUAUUUGCCAAGGCUCUUACCAUCCUCAAACCGGUGCGCGACGACUAUGCAACGGCUCCCUACACAGAAUCGCUCAAUUGGCAAGAUGUCUUUGACUUCCUGCGAGAUCUAUCCCAUGCCGAAGGGUACCAGUGGACGGCGCAGCAUUUCUAUGUGGUUGUGUUUCGGUCCCGUCUACGGGAGGAUGUCGAUAUGAGUCGUUUGCACGACUUGGAUGCCUUCUCGCAUCAAGAAGCGACGGCUAGCGGAGGGCUGUUGAAGUAUUGGUUUGGAACGAAGAAUGCAAAUCGAGAGAACCUGGCGACCUGUCUAUGGCGCAGCCGGGGAGAUGCCCGACUUGGAGGCACGGGACCGUGGCAUAAACGAGCACGUGGAGCUGCACGCGAUCUGUACGAGCAAAUCAGCUUCACCACGUUGAAAUUGGUGGUCGGAGAUGGGGUGGAGACGUGGGGGAUUGAUCAGUGGAGGGAGGAGGAUGAAUGA